GAUAACAAGCCAAACAAACAAAAGAAUGGGGAUAUUUCACAAUCCUCUUGUUCUUCUCCUGCUGCAUGUUCUUUUCAUCUCUGUACUUUCACUAAAAAUAACAUCUGGUUCAUCACCGAGAACCGAGGCAGAAGCUCUUGUCAAAUGGAAGAACAGUUUAGUAGAUUCUUCUUCACUUGAUUCUUGGUCCCUAAGCAAUCUCAGAAAUUUUUGUGACUGGACUGGCAUUACCUGCAAUACUGCAGGUGCAGUUUCAGAGCUCAACAUGUUUGAUCUAGGACUCGACGGAACACUUGCUCACUUCAAUUUCUCUUCAUUUCCAAGCCUCACUUUGUUGGACAUGAGCACCAACCUGCUAUCAGAUAGUAUACCAGUAGAGAUUGGAAAUUUGACACAACUCGAGCAAUUGAGCUUCAACGGCAACAAUCUAGAUGGUACUAUUCCUUACCAAAUUAGUCAUCUUAACAAGUUGCAAUCUUUAGACUUGGGAUUUAACUACUUGGUAGAUUCGAACUGGUCACUGUUUUUAGACAUGCCAUACUUGACAUCCCUCAACUUGUACAAUAAUAAACUUGCUUCAGAAUUCCCAUCUUUUGUAUUUGGUUCUAGGAACUUAACUUCUCUUGAUUUGUCGAUGAAUAAGUUGACAGGCCCCAUACCUGAGAUGGUGUUUACCCAUUUGGCUAAUCUUGAGAUCCUCAAUCUUGGUAACAAUUUGCUCGUAGGGCCAUUGCCAAGAAAUAUUUCCAAGCUUCCCAAGCUAAAAGAACUUCACCUGGGAAUAAAUAAUUUAUCAGGGUCUAUUCCUGAUAGUAUCGGUCAGCUUAGAGAGCUUGAAACACUUGAUCUCAUUGAAAAUCAAUUGAACUCUAGUAUUCCUCCUGAGCUUGGUUCAUGUACCAAGCUCACCUUCUUGCAUCUUGAUGCCAAUUUUCUUACUGGCCCUCUGCCUUUGUCAAUUUCAAAUCUUACACAGAUAUAUGAACUAGGCCUAUCGUAUAAUUUUCUUUCUGGUACGCUCUCACCACAUUUAAUUGGCAACUGGACGGAGUUAACAUCACUGCAGAUUUAUAACAAUACCUUCAGCGGUAGUAUUCCUCCAGAAAUUGGUAUGUUAACAGAGCUUACGGUCCUCAGUGUGCAUGACAAUAAUUUCACAGGACCAAUUCCAAAAGAGAUUGGGAACUUGAAACAGCUUUCCACAUUAGACCUGUCAUAUAACCAUCUAACAGGUUCAAUUCCAGCAACAAUUGGGAAGCUCAUCAAUUUGGAAACCUUGCAUUUGCGCUUCAAUAAUCUUAGUGGUGAAUUGCCACCGGAGAUUGGAAAUCUAUCACAGCUAGGAGAUGUUUAUCUCGACAAUAACAAAUUGUAUGGAGAGCUUCCUGGUUCAAUUGCAAAUUUAAGUAAUGUGUUAAUGCUUUUUCUUCAUUCCAACAGAUUUUUUGGCAGCAUUCCAAAGGACUUGGGGGAAUAUAUGCCCAGUUUGUCAUAUGUUACAUUUUCUGACAACAGCUUCUCUGGGGCAUUGCCAGAAGGAUUGUGUAGAGGUUUGGCUCUUGAAAGGAUUUUAGCAAGUGGAAACAACUUCUCAGGAUCUUUGCCGAAAUGCCUGAAAAAAUGCUCCAAACUAACUGUAGUUAGUCUCCAGAAGAAUCAGUUCUCUGGAAAUGUUUCUGAAGCAUUUGGUUUGCACCCAUAUCUCAGUAUAAUUUCUCUGAGUGGCAAUAACUUUACAGGAGAAAUUCCCACAACAUUUUGCAAUGCAACAUCCCUUAAGGUUCUUGAUUUGUCAAAUAACAGCUUAAGUGGUGCCUUUCCACACUGUCUGGGAGACCUUAACAUUAAGCUAUCUAUAGUGGAUCUUCAAAGGAAUCAGUUUCGAGGGGCUAUAGCACCAACCUUCACGAAGAACUGUCAGCUGGCAACUUUUAACAUGAAUAGCAAUGGCUUUGAAGGGCCGGUACCCAUAGCCUUGGCCAACUGUAAACAGCUAGAGAUCCUCGAUCUUGGAAACAACAACAUAAGUGACACGUUUCCAUCGUGGCUACUUACUCUUCCAGGUCUACAAAUUCUUGUCUUGAGAUCAAACAGACUUUAUGGUAAGUUAAGUGUUGGCAAGAUAGAACACUCAUUCCCCAAGUUUCGGAUCAUGGAUCUCUCCCACAAUCAAUUCAGUGGCAAUCUGCCAAUCAAUCUUUUCAAAAAUUUUGAAGCUACAAUGAAUAUAAAUAAGCUUGCUGAUGUAAAUACAAGAAACAGAGGUUCAUACUACGAUGCUUCUGUAUCGUUGAUUGUCAAAGGAACUAAGGUUGAAGUGAGAAAAAUUCUCAAUAUUUACACAAGUAUAGAUUUGUCAAGCAACAAGUUUACAGGAGAGAUUCCAGAGGCCAUUGGAGAACUUAAGUCUUUCCGGAUGCUCAACCUAUCUCAUAACGACCUUAGAGGAAGUAUUCCAUCCUUGAUGGGGAACAUGACUCUUCUUGAAGCUCUAGAUUUAUCUUCAAACCAGUUGACAGGUACCAUUCCUCGACAACUGACUAACCUGACCUUUCUAGGAACCUUAAACCUUUCGCAAAACCAUCUUUCUGGACCAAUUCCACGUGGAAGCCAAUUCAACAGUUUACCCAAUGAUUCUUAUCAAGGUAAUUUAGCCUUGUGCGGAUUUCCUUUGACGGAGAAAUGCAAGAAAGAUGAACCUCCAACAUUACAAGUCGAGGAUGAGGAUGAUGAUGACGAUGAUCAAGAUUGGUUCAGUUGGAAAAUUAUGGUAUCGGGUUAUUUUUGUGGAUUAGUAUGCGGAUUGUCCUCAGGAUACAUUGCCUUCACAACUGGCAAGCCUAGACGGAUCGUGAUUUUCAUUGAAGGAGCUCAGCAAAAGUUCAUAAGAAGAUACAUGAAGAUUUCUGAAUCACUCUCUUUUAGUGUACAGAGAUUCUGAUAAUGUCCAAUUAUUUGGUAUACUAAGCCAUGUAGUAGUUUGUGCUGUAAUAAUAAAUUUUACUUCUGUUCCAGUCCA